AUGGCGGUGAACAGGAGAAAUUUUAAAGAGAGGAAAGAUUGUUUAAGAGAAUAUUCAAAUGCAGAAUUGAUCAAACGUUUCAGAUUAGAUAUGAAUGGAAUCCAAUUCGUUGAAAACAUUAUUGGUAAUGAAAUUCGAGCGGGAUCUUUAAGAAAUCAUGCUUUAACAUCAACCCAGAAAUUAUUAUUGACACUUAGAUACUUAGCAACGGGCAAAAUGCAACUAUGUAAUGGGGAUGACAUGGGCGUUUCGCAGCCUACAGUUUCGAGGGCAAUAUCAGUGACACUGCAAAGCCUAUCUUCGGACAGAAUGGUGCAGCAAUUUAUCAGGUUUCCCGUGCAAGCUGACCAAAUUCGUCGAAAUCAAGAGCACUUUUUCCAAGUCGCAGGAUUUCCUGGGAUUGUUGGUGCUAUUGAUGGGACACAUGUGCAGAUUAUUGCCCCAAGUGUUGAUGAAAAUGAAUUUAUAAACAGGCAUCAUUACCACAGCAUAAAUGUACAAGUUGUUUUUGAUGCCAGUUACAAAAUUCUUGAUAUUGUGGCAAAGUGGCCUGGUUCAACCCAUGAUUCGAGGAUUUUGAGGGAGAGUGGACUUCAUGUUUUGUUUGAAAAAACUACAUCCCAGUGCACACCCAUCUCCUUGGCGACAGUGGCUAUCCAUCUCGCAGAUGGUUACUCACUCCCUUCUUGA